CGGUCCUUGGUUCCCACCCACCAGACCCAACCCACCACCACACCACACCCCAAGACCACAAGGGGUAGGGUUUGGCCCCUCGUUGUUGUCUUCCUCCAUCCCCUCGCCCACCUCAGCCCCAAAGAGAAGCUGAGACCAGCCAGCAACGAGAGCUGCGCAGCCGCCAUCCAGCAGUUGGGGGAGAAACAGCAACCUCCCAGCCGACGAGCCCCACCACCCACCCCUGCCACCAACCCCCUCCCGCCGUCGACCUCUUCCCUCCCUCGCCACUUAACCCGCCCGCCACCGCCACUCACUGACUACUACUUCAGCUCAGGUGGGGAAGAUGAAGAAGCUGUACCAAGGGAAGGGCCGGCGGGUGCACCCGGCGCCGGCGCCGGCGCCGGAUGCGUCCACGGUGGCGCUGGCCAUGCUGCCGGCGACCCUGCUGGCGCUCGUGGCGGCGCUCACGGCGGAGGAGCAGGAGGUGCUCGCCUACCUGCUGUCCGGCGGGGCCGGCGGCGCGGCGGGCGGAGCAGGCGGGGGACGGCGCAGGCGGCUCAACGGGCCGCACCAGCCGGAGAUGGGCUGCGGCUGCUUCGGCUGCUACAAGAGCUUCUGGGCCCGCUGGGACGCCUCCCCCAACCGCCACCUCAUCCACACCAUCAUCGACGCCGUCGAGGAGGGCGCCGGAGGAGGGCCUCCAGGAGCAGCAGGGCCAGGUGGAGCCGCUCGCCGCGGCCACCGUCGCCGCCGCCGUGGCCGCGGCGGGCCGUGCGCCGUCGACGCCGCCGCCGAGGAGGACCGCGACGCCGCGGAGGCCCAGCCCGGCUGCGCGGACGACCACCUGCAGCUCCAAGCCUGCUGCGCCUCCGAGGACGGCGACUACGAGGGCGACGAGGACGACGGCGCGGACAGCGUGUACGGCGGGGAGGAGGCCAUGACGGACGACAGCGACUGCGCCAGCGCGGCGGCCGAGAAGAGCGCCGUCGGGAAGCUUGUCCGCUUCAUCGGCGAGAAGGUGUGGGCCGCCUGGACCUGACCGCCGUCCUCCGCCGCCGCCGCUCGCUAGCUCUCGUAGAUUAGGGAGGAAGGUGACCAGCAAGAAGGUCAGUGAAACUAGUAGUACUAGCAGUUCGUUCGUUUUGUCCAAGCAAGCAAGAGCACCUCCGGUAGCCGCCGCUCUAUGCCCCUUUUGAUUUCUUGCAACUCCGGUGAACGAGCAAACCCGAGGCUCCUGGUGGGGAUCAACACGGUCCAAUCCGACCAAAAUCUCCCCCGGCCAUGGCGCCUCCCAUGUACCAUAUUUUUGCUCAUUUGGUUCAACAAGAAACUUAUCCCCAUUCGCC